AUGUCGAGCGCGACCGUCGCGCGCGCGUGGACGUCCGCGGGAGCGCCCCGAGGGCGGCGCGCGCGCGAGAGACGGUUGAGAAACACGCCGCCGCCGCGCGGUCGAGCUCGAGCUCGAGCGCUCGACGACGACGACGACGACGACGACGGACGACCGCGGGUGGAAGACAUGACGGCGCGUGAGAUGCGAGAGGAACUGCGCGCGUUUGACCUCCCGACGUCGGGGCGAAAGACGUCGCUCGUGGCGUUGCUGGAGAAGGCGCGCGCGUGGGCGGACGCGGGGGCGACGCCGAGGGCGGAGUGGACGCGGGAGGCGGCGGCGGAACGAGCGAUGGAGGACGCGGCGCGACGCGCGGCGGAGGAACGACGGAUGGAACGACGAGAGCGGCGGGGGUACGCGGACGCGGGAGGGGGGCGACGGGGUGGAGGGUCGGUCGUGGAGACGACGCGGGCGGUGGAGGCGAUGAAGGAGCGCGGGGCGAGCGAGGCGCGACGCGAAUUCGUGGUUCAGCGAGCGAUGUCGGAGAGCGGUGCGGGAAGGGAGGGAUGGUUCAUGCUUGAAACGGCGGAAAAUCGCGAGGAGCGGGCGAGGGAGAUGAUCCUGGCGCUGAAUGGGACAAAGUUGACGCGGGAGCAGCGCGAGCCGCUCGUCGCCUGGGUGCCGCGCGUGCCGCGAGACAAUUUUUAUCUCACCGAGGAGGACGCCGAGGGCAAGAGCGAGCUCGAGCUGUGUCAGAUGGUUGGUGAAGAAGACAUGGCGGAGAUGAUCCAACCCGGAUACGUUUUGGUUCGGUGCACGCUGACGCAGACGCUAACUGACGCGUUUAACGACUUGUGGUCCGUUCGAGGCUUUGCCACGGGCGGAAGCUCACGCUUCGGCAAGAAGAGCUACGAGAAACUCAAUCAGCCGCUGUCCAUGGACGACCAAAUUCCUCGCAUGAUCAGAAAGUGCGUACCUGUCGUGAAGACGGACGAACAAGUCAAGGCGGAUGAAGCGCGCGUCGAGGUACAAGAAGUCGCGCGCGCCGGAAGGCAAGAGCGAGAUGAAAACGACGGCGAUGAUUUACGUCCAACGUCUUCGAGUGAAGUCGGCGCGGCAACUUACGAUCGAAUCGAAGUUCACGACGGUCCGUUUAAGGGGUUCAAGGGGUUCAUCGUCUCCGAAAACGACGACGGCUCCGUCGAAGCUACGCUUGCAAUUUUUGGCAGAGACACAAACGUCACGCUGACCUCGGAUGAGUACAAGUGUAUCUAA